AUGGCCUCGAUAGCGAAGAGCAGGCCGUCGCGGCGCGCUGCCUCACGGAAGAGUUUUGUUAUUGAAGAGCCUUCCGAGGACGAUGAAUUGGGAAAUGUCACCCCCACACCAUCGAACGUGGAUGAGAACGACGAGCACGAGGACGAGUAUACGCCAGUCGCAAAAAAACCCGCUGCGAAAAAGGGAGGGCGGAGAAAGACAGCAGAUGCACCCACACCUAGCGCACGGCGACAGUCACGACGCGGACGACGAACAACGGCUGGGGACGAUAUGGAUUCAUCACAGGUCGCUGAGAGCAUCGAGGAGGCGGAGGAGGAGCAAAGUACUAUUGCAGCGCCGGCGGAAGAGCCUGAAUCGCCAUCUGACAGUGUUCGUGCUGUUCAAAGGCGAAAAAGCGCUGCUAAUUCUCGUAAGAGUCGCACAUCCGCUACUCCAACCCCGGAGCUAUCCUCACUUCCUACGCCGUCUCCUUCAGCGUCGCCCGAGCCUUCAUCUCGGUCGCACAGAGAUGCCGCCAGCCCUCUUGCCGAUAUCACCGAAUCAGCCGUGAAUAAGACGCCGUCGCCUUCAAAACGACCCGAGGAGCCGAAGUCGCAGAUAUCAAUCAUCAACCCGAUGUCUACGAAACUAGAGAAGCCGAUGGACAUUAUGAUCAAGUCACGUUCCUUGGCUAUGCCUACGAUAGAAGAGCCGAAAGGGCCCCGUCCGCGCAUGGUUAUCACCCAUCUUGUGCUUACCAAUUUCAAGAGUUAUGCAGGGAGACAGGUUGUCGGGCCUUUCCACGUCUCUUUCUCGUCAAUUGUCGGUCCAAACGGGUCCGGAAAAUCAAACGUUAUUGACGCAUUGCUGUUUGUUUUCGGAUUUCGCGCAAGCAAGAUGCGACAGGCAAAAGUUUCUGCUUUGAUUCAUAACUCAGCGAAUUUCCCAGAUCUGCCUUUCUGCGAGGUUGAGGUCCAUUUUCAGGAGAUCAUUGAUCUUCCAGGAGGCGCUCACGAGGUCGUUCCGGAUUCUCAGCUGAUAAUUUCCCGACGAGCUUUCAAGAACAACACCAGCAAGUACUACAUGAAUAAGAAAGAGACGAACUUCACAGCGGUGACAGAUUUCUUGCGCGAACGUGGAAUUGAUCUGGAUCACAAACGUUUCUUGAUUUUACAGGGCGAGGUUGAGUCUAUCGCGCAGAUGAAGCCGAAGGCGGCAAACGAACACGAGGAUGGACUCUUGGAAUAUUUGGAGGACAUCAUUGGAACCUCAAAGUACAAGGUGCCGAUCGAAGAAGCUGCCGCAGAAGUUGAGAAUCUGAAUGACGUGUGCGUUGAGAAGAAUAACCGCGUCCAGCAUGUCGAAAAGGAGAAGAACAAUUUGGAGGACAAGAAAAACAAGGCUCUGGCUUACAUCCGAGACGAGAACGAGCUCGUCAUGAAGCAGUCGGCUCUCUACCAGAUCUACAUCGCUGAGUGUGAAGACAACAUACGAGUGACGGAAGAAGCUAUCGUGCAGAUGCAGGAGUUAUUGAACCUGGAGCUUGAGAAGCAUGAAGGUAGCGAAUCCGGCAUCAAAGAGCUCGAGAGGGCCUACAAGCGCGGCAUGAAAGAAUAUGAAAACAUGGAAAAGGCCACACAGGCUAUGAUCAAAGAGAUGGCAAAAUAUGAUAAGGAAUCGGUCAAGUUUGAAGAGAAGAGGAAGUUCUUGACUGGCAAGCAGAAGAAGCUGGAGAAGACAAUGCAGUCAAGCCGUCUUGCCGCCUCCGAGUGCACUAGUCUGGUCGAAAAGUACACCUACGAUAUCGAGAAGAAGUCGGCAGAAAUUGCGAAGCUCGAGAAAGAGAUGAAGGCGGAAGAAGAGGAGCUUUCCUCCAUUCGGGAGGGAUUGAAGGGCAAGACCCAAGGCCUCUCUGAGCAGAUAGCUGCGAAGCAGAAGUCCCUGGAACCGUGGAAUGAAAAGAUCAACGAAAAGCUUUCCGCCGUCGCGGUGGCCCAAAGUGAGCUGGAUAUCUUGCGGGAAAAGAGCAACGCUGGUGCCAAAGCUUUGGAAGAGGCGCAGUCCAAAGUUGCUUCUAUUGAAGAGACCCUGUCCGAGAAGGAAGCCGAACUCGAGGAACGACGUGCGGCGAAAGCGAAUCUUGAGAGCGAACUUGCAAGCUUGCAGCAUGACCUGAAGAAACUGUCACAGAAGGAACCUGAAUUUCGUACUCAGGUCUCCAGCGCGAGGCAAAAGGCGGAGGAAGCAAGGGCCAGUCUUGCCAGUACCCAGAAUAGGGGUAGUGUGUUGACUGGACUGAUGCGACUAAAGGAGUCCGGUCGUAUUGAUGGCUUCCAUGGUAGACUUGGAGACCUUGGAACCAUUGAUGAGAAAUAUGAUGUCGCGAUCUCGACCGCCUGCCCCGCCCUUGACAAUAUGGUUGUCGACAGCGUUGAAGUUGGUCAGCAAUGCAUUGACUAUCUUCGCAAGAACAAUCUCGGGCGUGCCAACUUUAUCCUCUUGGACCGACUCCCUAAGAGAGAUAUGUCUUCCAUCAACACUCCUGAGAAUGUUCCACGACUGUUUGACUUGGUCAAACCCAAGGACCCGAAAUUUGCACCUGCCUUCUACAGUGUUUUGCAAAACACACUGGUAGCCAAUGACUUGCAACAAGCAAACAGGAUUGCUUAUGGUGCUAGACGAUGGAGGGUUGUCACACUUGACGGGCAGUUGAUCGACAUGUCUGGUACCAUGACUGGUGGUGGCACUCGUGUUGCAAGGGGCGGAAUGUCAUCUAAGCCGGUCGCCGAGACGUCGAAGGAGCAGGUGGCGAAGCUCGAACAAGACCGAGAUGAGAUGGAGCGGAAAUUCCAUGCAUUCCAGGAGAAGCAGCGGCAACUGGAGGCCUCCAUUCGGGAGAAGUCCGAUGAAAUCCCGAGACUGGAGACUAAAAUCCAGAAGACUGUAAUUGAAAUUGAGAGCGCCCGUCGAAGCCUGGCCGAUGCCCAGCGACGUGUCAAAGAGCUGAGCGCAGAACACAAACCAUCGAAAGCUGAUGACAACCGGGCUCAAGUGCUGGAGAAACAGAUUGCAAGCCUGGAGAAGGAAAUCGAGUCAUUGCGGAAUGAGAUGGCCGGUGUCGAGGAGGAGAUUCAGACUCUCCAGAACCGGAUCAUGGAAGUCGGCGGUGUUAGACUGAGGAGCCAGAAAGCCAAGGUCGAUGGCCUCAAAGAACAGAUCAGCAUGCUUGUUGAGGAGAUUUCCAACGCCGAAGUUGCCAAGUCGAAAAACGAGAAACUGAUCAAUAAACACGAGAAAGCUCGUUUAGACGCCGAGAAAGAGAUCGAACAGGUCCUUGAGGAGAUCGAGCAGCUCAACAAUGAUGUGAAGAAUCAAGCCAGCGAUGCGUCGGGAUCGAGACGGAAAGCCGAAGAGGCUCAAGAGGCUCUCGAGACAAAGAAGGGUGAGCUGAAAGCCCUCAAGGCUGAGCUUGACGAGAAGAUCGCGGAGUUGAAUGAGACCCGGAAGGCGGAGAUUGAGAUGCGCAACAAGCUGGAGGAGAACCAGAAAGUCCUGGCUGAAAAUCAGAAGCGAAUGCGAUACUGGGAGGAGAAACUCUCCAAGCUGUCAUUGCAGAAUAUCAACGACUUGGGUGAAGAGCAGCAGAUCACGGAGCUGCAGACUUACACCAGAGACGAACUCGCGGAGAUGAACAAGGAGUCCCUCAAAGCUGUGAUUGCUGCCCUAGAGGAGAAAACGCAAAACGCUUCUGUCGACCUGUCAGUCAUCGAAGAGUACCGCCGUCGUGUUGCUGAGUACGAAUCGCGUUCUGCGGACUUGAAUGAGGCGCUGAAAGCUCGAGACAAUGCCAAGGCUCGCCUCGACAGUCUUCGAUCCGCCCGUUUGACAGGAUUCAUGGAGGGCUUUAGUAUUAUCUCCAUGCGCCUGAAGGAGAUGUACCAGAUGAUCACCAUGGGUGGCAACGCAGAGCUGGAGCUUGUCGACUCUCUUGAUCCGUUCUCGGAGGGUAUCUUGUUCUCUGUGAUGCCUCCCAAGAAGAGUUGGAAGAACAUUAGCAACCUCUCGGGAGGCGAGAAGACACUGUCUAGUCUCGCGCUCGUGUUUGCUUUGCAUCACUACAAGCCGACUCCUCUCUACGUUAUGGACGAAAUCGACGCUGCUUUGGAUUUCAGGAAUGUCUCUAUUGUUGCUUCCUACAUCAAGGAGAGGACCAAGAAUGCCCAGUUCAUCGUCAUUUCUCUCCGAAACAACAUGUUUGAACUUGCAUCUCGUCUUGUCGGAGUAUACAAGGUCAAUCACAUGACGAAGAGCGUCACGAUCGAGAACCGGGACUACAUCACUGGUCGACAACAAUGA